AUGGUGAAGUUGUUAGGAAGGUGUGAUGUGGUGGGAGUGCGUGGGGUCGGGAUUCCGGGAUAUGACAGAUCCCAGCUGCCGUUGCUCCCCGCUUUUUGCAUUACAGACUACAAAUCUCAAGGGAAGACUCUACCCAAAGUUAUCCUUGACUUGGAGAGCGCACACUCCAUCCAAUCAGCUUAUGUGAUGCUUUCAUGA